AUGGGACAUACUAGCCCCUCUUUAAUGGCCACCGCGACACGUGUCCCGCCGGUACCCUUAGCUUCUCCUCCAAUUUCAGGCCAACAACGUCAACUUCCGAGCUACUGCUUCUUGGCGAAGUCCCUCCUCGUACCGGCAUUUCAAAGAACUUCAGCUCUUGUUACGUCUUCAUCGCCGUUUCCUUGGAAGUCAAGAAUUGAAAAGAGGGUUUACGUGGUUCCAGUGGCGAUGGCGAACUCGAACCCAAGCACAGCCCUUGUUUCGGGGGCUGGAGGAAGAACUGGACAAAUUAUUUAUAGGAAGUUGAAGGAGAGGUCAGAUACUUAUGUUGCCAGAGGCUUGGUCAGGACAGAGGAGAGCAAGGGGAGAAUUGGAGGUGCAGAUGAUGUUUUUAUUGGAGAUAUAAGGCAUUUUGACACCAUUGUUCCUGCAAUCCAAGGUAUUGAUGCUCUUAUAAUUCUCACUAGUGCCGUGCCAAAAAUGAAGCCGGGGUUUGAUCCAAGUAAAGGUGAGAGGCCCGAGUUCUAUUUUGAAGAUGGAGCAUAUCCUGAGCAGGUUGACUGGAUUGGGCAGAAGAAUCAAAUAGAUGCUGCUAAAGCUGCAGGAGUGAAGCAUGUUGUGCUUGUUGGUUCGAUGGGAGGAACGGACCCUAACCACCCAUUAAACAGCAUUGGAAAUGGGAAUAUUUUGAUCUGGAAGAGAAAGGCUGAACAGUAUCUGGCUGACUCGGGAAUCCCAUACACAAUUAUAAGAGCUGGAGGCUUGCAAGACAAAGAAGGCGGUGCGGAACUACUUGUUGGGAAGGAUGAUGAGCUUUUCCAGACAGGCAUGAGGACUAUUGCUAGGGCUGAUGUUGCAGAAGUCUGCAUUCAGGCCCUACAGUUUGAGGAGGCCAAAUUUAAGGCAUUUGAUCUUACCUCAAAGCCUGAGGGAACUGGCACACCAACAAAGGAUUUCAAGGCCCUCUUUUCCCUGGUCACAACUCGUUUUUGAUAUACAGCAGCAGGAGGUAUACAUUUGGAGCCAUGUUAUCCAUCUUCAGAGUUUUUUGGUAUUAAUGUUGUCCACUUUGUGUUGUGCCCUGGGAUUUUGAUCUAAAAAGUAACAUAAUUUGAGCAAGAAUUAACUCGUAUGCAUUGUUUACCAAAAGCAUGUAUGUUGUUAUGUGACAGUUGAUUAAUAUUUUUCAAGUCAAAUUAAUAUCUAUAAGGGGCAUUCCUUGAAUUUUA